AGUUCAGUUAGUCUGCUAAUUGCCGUUAACAGACGAGGACGCGUUUAACUGGAACGUAACCCUGUUCUAACGGCUACACAAAAAAAAAAGAAAAACACAUCCUCAAAGUUCUGUUCGAAGACUUCAACAUAAUUUCUUGUUGUUGUUGUUGGUAAUCGUUAAUAAAUUUAUACGCGAAUGUGGAUAACAAGCGCGCAAGGAUAAUAGACAAAAGUUCCAAAAAAAAAAAACUUUGUUCUACCCUGAAAGGCUGAUUACAAGAUGACGGAUGAAAACGGAACCAAGCCUGAAAAUGGCAAUGUUCCGGAGAGUACUACAAGCGAAACUCCAGUAGAACCUGCAAAAACCGAUGCCAUCGAACUGACUCCCGCAUCAUUGGUGGAACCUAAAAAGGUUGAGGAACCCGAAAACAAUGGCGCAAUCGAAGCUACAAAUGUUGCCGAAGCUGAAGGCCAGGUCAAGAAAUUGCCCUAUCCCAAAUCGGUAUUCUUCAUUAUCAGUAACGAAUUCUGUGAACGUUUCAACUACUAUGGCAUGAGAACAAUUUUGGUUUUAUAUUUGAGUCGCCAGUUGAACUAUAGCGAUGACACGGCCACGGUUAUUUUCCACAUCUUCACCAUGUUUGUCUAUUUCUUGUGUAUAUUGGGCGCCAUCAUAUCGGACAGUUGGUUGGGCAAAUUCAAAACGAUUCUAUAUCUCUCCUUGGUCUAUGUAUGCGGUUCUGUUUUGGUUACAUUGGGCGCCAUGCCACCAUUGAAUUUGCCGGCAACAACAUUUACCAUGAUAGGUCUGGCAUUGAUAGCACUGGGUUCGGGUGGUAUAAAACCGUGUGUCUCGGCGUUUGGUGGUGAUCAAUUUAAGAUGCCCGAACAAUUGAAACAGAUGACCACAUUCUUCUCGUUGUUCUAUUUCUCAAUCAAUGCUGGUUCAUUGAUUUCGACAACGGUUACACCGAUUUUGAGAGAAGAUGUCCAUUGUUUUGGUGAAAAGGAAUGUUAUUCGUUGGCCUUUGGUGUUCCAGCUGUUUUGAUGGCAGUUUCGAUUGUUAUCUUCAUCUUGGGUCGCCCCUUGUACAAGAGCAAACCCCCAGCAGGCAAUAUGGUUGUCUUGGUCAGCAAGACCAUUGGUAAUGCCAUUUCCACCAAAUGGAAGGAGAAGAAAACCAAUCCCCGUGAACAUUGGUUGGACUAUGCCGACAAGAAAUACGAUCGCCAAUUGAUUGAAGAUGUUAAGGUGUUGAUGCGUGUCUUGGUUUUGUAUUUGCCCCUGCCGAUUUUCUGGGCCUUGUUCGAUCAACAGGGAUCCCGUUGGACAUUCCAAGCCACGCGUAUGGAUGGUGAUAUGGGCUCAUGGGACAUUAAACCCGAUCAAUUGCAAGUGUUGAAUCCUUUGUUGAUUUUGGUAUUUAUCCCACUGUACGAUGUUGCCUUCUAUCCUGCCUUGAGCCUGAUUGGCAUUCGUCGUCCAUUGCAAAAAUUGACUUUGGGUGGUAUUUUGGCUGGUGUUGCUUUCAUCAUUUCCGGUGUUGUUGAACUUAAUUUGGAGAAAACCUAUCCCACCCUUCCCACCGAUCACAUAUCCCAAUUGCGUAUAUUUAAUGGUGAAAAUUGCGCAUACACGAUCAAUACCAACAUUCCCGGACAUCCAACGAUAAACAUUGAUCGCCAUGGUUACUAUGUCAACAAAGAUGUACCAGUCUCGGGCAACUUUUUCGAUCUGAUGUAUUCUUUCACAGCGGUUGAAGGUGACAACUGUUAUGGCUUCGAAGCGGGUAGCUAUAGACUGCCAGUGAAGGAAGCUCACACUCUAUUCAUGAAUACGAAAAAUACCAGCUACCCCCUAAUUUGGUACGAGGACUAUGUUAAUAAACCAUCGCGAGGCAGUCCAUUGGGCAGAACACUGACCAAUGUGGAAACGGGACGUAAAAUUGAGUGGCGUAAAACCAAGAAGAAUUCUCUGGAACACGAAGAACCAGCCUAUUUAAAUAAUCUAACCGAAUUCUCGGCGGGAGACUACAAAAUCCUUGUCGAUGGCGAUGAGGUGUUGCAAACCACUUUGAAUACAGGUGGUGUUUAUACCGUACUGAUUCAUGAACUGGACAAUGGUGGUUACUAUGCCCAGGAGGUUGUCAUUACCGACCCCAAUUCCAUGAGCAUUCUAUGGCUGAUUCCACAAUAUGUGGUCAUGACCCUGGGCGAAGUUAUGUUCUCGGUAACGGGUUUGGAAUUCUCCUACUCACAGGCUCCGGUGGCCAUGAAAUCUGUACUGCAAGCCUGUUGGCUUCUGACGGUGGCAUUUGGCAAUGUUGUGGUCGUCAUUAUUGCCGAACUGGCCCUCUUCGAUUCUCAGGCCAGUGAGUUCUUCCUAUUUGCCGGCCUUAUGUUUGCCGAUAUGUUGCUGUUCAUGUACAUGGCCUAUCGCUACAAACCCAAUAAUCCAAAUGCCGUGGCGGAAACUGAACCCUUGACGGCAGGCGAAGAGAAAUCCGCAUUGCCAUUGGAGGGUGCAGACAACAAAGCUUUCGAGAACUAAGAAUGAAGAAUGAGAGAGCACUACACCUAAGACACUCUUUUUUUAAUGUUAAAAACAAUUAGAAUAAAUUAAUGCAAUUUUUUGUACUCUUUAAAAAAAUAAAUAGAACAAAAAUAUUUAUUUAGAAAAACAAA